AUGUCAGAACAUAAGUAUCACCUGCCCUUUGGCGGUCACGCUCCUAGUACUCACAACAAACCCUCUACUGCCAAGCAGGAAGAAAGCAAGGAAGAAUCGCUAACCACCAUCCUCGAUGAAGAACAACGAGGCGAGCUCACGCUCCUUAUCGCGAGCGCAAUGGUUGCUAUGCGGCGUACAAUUACCUCAAGCUUCGAUGCCAAUGCAGGUGUUGCGCAAGAUAUAGCGAAAGACGCGGCUUCUGAGGACGAGAAAAUCAUGAACCCGGACGUAGAUCCGACCAAAGCAGACAUACCGACUAUCGAGGCAGAGAAGAAGCUCAAAGAGCAAAGGCAGAAAGAGCUCGCAACAAUCAGUGUCAAAGAGCUGAAGGAAGAUUCACUGAACUUUUUUGACGAUUGGAGGGGCAAAGUCAUAGAACGUGUGGGCGAAGUUGUAAACUCACGAGAAAGAGUCAAAUCGCAAUUGAAGAAGGCGGAUCCACCGAAGGAUACUACAUACGCUCCUGCUGAUCGAAAGCUUGAUGAUUCCAAGACUGAAAAGGUCGAGGAACAGCUCAGCGCCAGACUAGAGGAAUUUUACCCUCCCAUCAAAACCCCGCUUGCCGAACUCGAAGAGAAGGAGAGAAUCCUAAUAAUCCACUCGACGUUGCUACUACUGCUAUCCCUGGAACACUACAUCGCACCAUCUCGAGUCCUUCUGCUUUACAUGACAUCCUCUUUCAAGCUUCCGCUUAAAGUCCUCAUCGAAGAUGAAGAAAAGAUCGCUAAAGGCCUCCUGGAGGCUGCGAAGCAGAUGUCGGGCGAUGCUGAGGCUCAGAAGAAAGCCGAUGAGAACCAGUCAUCGCGAAAAUGGAAAGUUGGUCUAGCCUCCGUCGCUGGGGCUGCCCUGAUAGGUGUCACUGGCGGACUGGCAGCGCCCCUAGUGGCAGCUGGUGUCGGCAGCGUCAUGGGCGGACUAGGCCUGGGAGCCACAGCCGCUGCUGGCUACCUAGGUACGGUAGCAGGCAGCUCCGUGAUCGUCGGUGGCCUUUUCGGUGCCUAUGGAGGCAGAAUGACAGGCCAAAUGAUGGACAAUUACGCACGGGAAGUAUCCGACUUUGCCUUCAUCCCCAUCGAAAAGAACAAAUCCAAAAGCAGCGAAGCGACCCCGAACAUCAAAGACAAGGCUCAAGCAGUCUCUAAGCAGCUCGGCUCCUCCCAGCAGUCACCCUCCACCUCCACCCCCGCGCACCAGAAGAAACCAUCUCACGAUGGCAAAGCAGGCCAAGCAACCUCUUCCGCUAACCGUCGUCUCCGCGUUACGAUAGCAAUAACAGGCUGGCUGACCUCUCCAACCGACGUGACCAAUCCCUGGGCCAUCCUCAACAAUCACAGCAGCGAGCCCUUCGCUCUCCGCUUCGAGCUCGAAGCUCUCCUAAACCUCGGCAAUAGUCUCGACGCCAUGGUCUCCUCCGCAGCAUGGGGCUACGCCAAGAACGAACUCAUCAAACGCACCGUCCUCGCCGGUCUGGCAGAAGCUGCCGCCUGGCCACUAGCUCUAAUGCAAGUCGGCCGUGUAGUCGACAACCCCUUCACCAUCGCCCGCCAGCGUGCCGACAAAGCAGGCGAAGUGCUCGCUGACGCCUUAGUCAACAAAGCCCAGGGCGAGCGGCCUGUGACACUGAUCGGCUACUCGCUCGGCGCAAGGGUAAUCUACGCGUGUCUCUCCAGCCUCGCUAAACGCAAAGCGUUCGGACUAGUCGAAAGCGCGGUCCUCAUCGGUGCUCCGGCUCCAAGCGGCUCAGCUGAGUGGCGACGAAUGCGUGCCGUGGUAGCCGGCCGUCUCGUCAACGUCUUCAGUAACAACGAUUAUGUUCUCUCCUUCCUGUACAGGACAGCGAGCGCACAAUACGGCGUUGCUGGCCUCUCCCGCAUCGCGGGUCUUCCUGGCGUAGAGAACGUAGAUGUAAGCGAGCAAGUGAGUGGACACUUACGAUACCGGUAUCUCGUAGGCAGUAUACUCAAGAAAAUCGGAUGGGAGGACAUCGACGACGCAGCGGUGAAGAAAGAAGAAGAGGCAUUCAAGAAGAUAGUCGAGGAGGAGAAGAAAGCAAGCUAUAAAGACACAGCGAAGGAUAAGGGAACGAAAGUGCUGGAGGAUAAUCCGCUGGGAUAUGAUGUCCACGGCAAACCGAAGCAGGCUGGUGACGAGAAGAGUCCAGAGGAAGAGAAGAAGGAAGAGGCGGAGGCGGAGGCAGAAGCGCAGAGAAUGGAGAAGGAGGUGAAGGAGAAGACGGAGAAGGGGAUGCUGGAGGGUGCUUGGGGGUAUCUGCCUACUAGAUUGAGGGGUGGUGGAGGAGCAGAUGAGAGUACACAGGAGAAGACGGCGAGAGAGACACAUAAGGAUGGGAAAGUGGCGGCUGCGAUGGGUGAGCAGGAGGGAAAGAAGGAAGACAAGGGACUAUUAGGGACGAUAAGUGGUGGAUACUUGGGUUCAAAGUGA